UCAUUUGGCUUCAUUUCCUUGCAGGCUCUACCUGAUUCAGAGUCCUACAGGCUACACUCUUAUCGUCAAAACCCUUUUGUGUUCUGUUCAAUACUUUCCAAAAAAAUCAGUGUGUUGUUUGUAUUUUAGGGAAGGGUUGGAUCGAUGAGAUGAUACUACCAGUGUUUAAGUUAGGGACACUUGCCCUUAAAGCUUUUUGCAAGCCCAUAGGCAAUCGCAUCAAGAAAGAAGCUGGCUUCCACCCCAAGUUUCGUCAAUCCAUUAUAAACAUUGCCCAGGCAAACCAUAGAUUGUCAACUAAAUUGCAAAGACGUAUAUAUGGCCAUGCAACUGAUGUUGCAAUUCGCCCGUUAAAUGAAGAUAAGGCUGUUCAAGCUGCUGCUGAUCUUCUAGGUGAACUCUUUGUGUUCUCGGUCGCUGGAGUGGCUGUUAUCUUUGAGGUGCAAAGAAGUUCCAGGUCUGAAGCUAGAAAGGAGGAAGUUCGGAAGCAGGAAUUAGAGGCAAUGAAGCAGCGAGAUGAAGAGCUGAGUAGAGAGAUUGAGUUCCUCAAGAACAGAAUUAGUGAACUGGAGAAACAUGCCAAGACACGAGGGUUAAGUAGCAUGUUUAGCAUUGGUCAUGCAGAAGGCACUCAAGAUAAAGUAAAAGCUGGUUGAUCAUCUGCUAGUGUUGUGCUAACAUAUAAUUAAUGCAGUAGUUUCUGGAAGUAAGGAAACUUAAAGCAACUCUAACAAAAGGAUGAUGUUCAGGACAUGUAAGUUUGACACGUCAAAGCCAUUAGAAUACUAUUAACCAAAUGAGUGUCCAUGGUUUGCAGCCUUUGGUCUAUGAAUAAAACAUAUCAUAUUGUAACUGAGUUUCAUAUUUUGGACAAUAUUUGUACCUAGCCACUGAUGCAGUAUUGAUGACAAUUUUAUUUGUGGCUUUCAGUAAUAAGAAUUGUUAUUAAGGGCUCA